CGAACCAUCAGCUAAACUGUGUUUACCAUGCCGUGUAUAAAGCAACAGUGAAAGCUGAUGUUAAAAAGAGAAUAAAAACGACAAAACAGACGGGCAUGCGUAAUCGGUUACAAUGGCUCAACAUUGUGGAGUUGGAGCGUCAUCGUGCUCAUACUACCCUCAGAAGUCCCGAGCUAAUGGACUUUGUUUCUCUGGCAACUGGAGAACAACAAAGCAAAGAUAACAACAACCCAGACGUGGAUGGGAGUUUAUUAGUAGAGAUCAGCGAGGAUAACAUUAUCGUCGGAGCGGACUACAGCGGAGCAAAUACAUCAGUAAUGUCUCAAAAUUACCAACUGUUACAAGCUGCCAAUUACAAAAAACAUGACCAGACACGUAUUUACCGUGAGUUCGUGGUGAUGGUGUAUCCUGCAUCAUACAUGGGACCUCAAUCGUUUGUGCAAUUCAUGGUAGACAUUGGCUGGCAAAAACCACACUGUUCCAGUCUUUUCAGGGCCGCAGAUAUAACAAAUCGCGGUGGACUUACGUUCUCGGAGCUGCUGAUGUGGUCAGCGGCGAUAGAACCUGCAACACAACACAACGGUACAAUCGCGGAGAUACGUUGCCGAUAUAUCUUUAGAUAUUUCGACAGCAAUAGCGAUAUGAAGCUAGAAUACGUCGAGUUCAAAGAGCUGGUUGCAGCUGCACGUGGUAGUCGACAAUUAUCAGUCGACGCCUUAAGCGUUGCAAGAGAUGCUGAUGCUUGUCUUAGACAACUAGGAAUCCAGCCGAAUUCGCAAUUAUCAUUGACGGAAUUCCUUAGAGCUGUAACAGAACUUCGUUUACGGGGCACAAGUUUGCUUUUGCGCUCUCCUCGCAGUGUACUGGGAUAUCUUACUGAUUUACACGAUCGUGACAUACAAACAAAUUCAGCGGUAGCCGGCUCAAAUGCUACAACAAUGCAGAUUACGGAUAAUCCUGGAGUAUCUACCACCGGAGGCCGUCAAAACGUUAACGUUCGGCCGCAAUAUAACGUCGCUAUGUAUUCCGUCCGACUGCACAGGCAAGCACAGAACGAGAUGCUAGAACUUAGUCAGUUUGACGAAGAUGCGGUUAGUCCUUCAACGGCUCGGUUGAUAACUGGCGCUUUGGCAGCGGCAUCCAUUGACGUUUUAGGCCCUACCGCGUCUCCAGUCGAAGCCAUGAACACCGUGCGCUACUUCGCCACGCCUCUCGAUAAGCCAACCUCUGUGAGAUCCACUUCCAGGAUACAACUAGAAGCGAAGCGCGCAUCAUUAAAUGCAAAAGCGGCAUUUGCGUGGGCAAAUCAGGGUGAAGAGGCGAAUCUGGGUGCGCUGCUGCUUAAACUUUGUGACGCUACACGUCCGAUUUUCGCCAAGGAGUCACGUUUAAUACGCGUUUCUUCACCAGUUUACGCCAUAGGAGAUCUCCAUGGAAACUUGGGAGCACUUCUCGCAAUGGAGUCGGCUAUAUGGCCUUCCGGACCAGCUUUAGCUCCAGCUCGACUGCUCUUUCUGGGUGAUUUUGUGGAUCGCGGCCCUCACGGUGCCGAGCUGAUAGCUUAUCUUUUGGCUGCCAAACUUCAAAGGCCUAGUGGCGUUCUUAUGAUUCGGGGAAACCAUGAAACUAGAGAUAUCCAGAAGAUGUUCACGUUUUAUGCCGAAUGCGUAAACAAAUACGGCGAAACUGAAGGUAUCAAAAUAUGGAACGCUAUCAAUCAAGUAUUCGACGUUCUCCCCCUUGCAGCUGUUGUCGACGACAAGAUUUUCUGCUGUCACGGAGGUAUUCCUCCACCUUGGGUGUGUCCGUUGAUCACAGCGAUUGACAAAAUUCCAGUGCCAUUAACAAGGCCCUUUGAGCAGAGUACAAUCGCUUGGGAACUACUUUGGAAUGAUCCUAUCAAACCGAAUAAGAUGACGGCAACACUAGCACUCGAGCUGACAGCGAACGAAGGUUUUGCUGCUAAUACAAAGCGCGGCACAGGACACGUGUUCGAUCAGAAUGCCCUGGAUCGCUUCCUGGCCGCCAAUCGCCUGUCGCAUGUCAUCCGCGCGCAUGAAUUGCAUCAAAGUGGAUUUAUGUGUCAGCUUCGUGGGCGUCUGGUGUCAGUAUUUUCGUCGUCGCACUACUGCGGGGGCAACAACGACUCAGGAGUGGCUCUUCUCGAUUGCGAAAAACUGCGACUUAUACGUAUUAAUAAGGAUUAUUAAAUACAAUGUAAAUGGAUAAAUGAUGUAAUGUAAAUCUAGAACUGAAAAAUAAGACAAACUUGGCUUGUGUGCACUACCGUGCCCUAUCGAACCUCGUUCUAGAGUAGUGCUCUGUAGCCACGCCACCCCAUUUUUUUUAUUAUGAUAUUACCCACUGUAAUAUCAUCAUCAUAUGCAGACUGACUUCACCCACUGCUGGGUAUAGGCCUCCAAGUUUCUGUGUCACUCCCCACGAUCCCGUGCUAAUCUCAUUCAGGUUCGUCUCCUAAUUCUUGCGAUGUCUUGCGCCCAUGUCGCCGCUGGACGCCCGACGUUCCUGUAUCCAGUCCUUAGACGCCACUCAGUUAUCGUCUUACUCCAUCUGUCAUCUUGUCUCCGUAUCAGGUGUUCUGCCCAGCUCCACUUUAGCUUCGUGAUUCGGUUCCCCGUGUCCUUUACCUUAGUUCGACUUCGAAUCUGGACAUUGGUAACAUGGUCUAUAAGCUUGAUUAUACGACAAUAAUAGACACUGUAAUAUACGGCUGACGUACUUGUAUUUUUUUGUGAAUGUACUACUAUUGUUUGAAUGUAUUACAUUAAAAGAAAAAAACAAUUACGGUGACGUUGCUACGGGGAAUUCUCUGUAGCCACACCACGUCUUAUAAAUACCUAUAGAUGCAAUUUUAGGCGAAUAUAAGUUAAUUCAGUUACAUUUCAAUUGUCAAAUUGACCCGAGUCCAUUUGUGUUUAUCGCCUAUCAAUAAUGUAUUAGCAAAAUUGUUAUGCAAUAUUUUGUAACAUGAAUGUGAAGGCGUUUCAUUAUUAUUUUGACAAUUACAGACUCAUCCGUAGAACAAAGAUCUAUGUGCAAGACUACUUGUUCUCAGGACAUAGUACAUUUCGUUCGUUCUUCUUCACUGUGGAUGAUCGACCAUUGUUAGAUUUUAUUUUUCCGAAACGAAAUAAGAUAUAUAAAUUGUCAAAACACCAUCACGAAAUUAUUCUCAUAUAGGUGCUUAUUCACUUU